AUGGGAAAACAGGAAGCCUUUAGAAAUGCCCUAUUAAAAGGAAAUGGAUUUUGGGCCUCAGCUUUCAUGAUCCUCCCUGUGGACUCCCCAAAGGACCUGUCCUGGUUUCUGAGCUUCAGCCUGAACCUAGGAAAGAUAUGGAAAAAGGAGAAAAGUCAACAAGAGACAGAGACUCCUGAUGGGCACCGUGCAUUGGGCCAAUGUGAGGGUUUGAUGAAGCGAACAUAUCAGGAGACAAUCGCCAUUGAAAAGAUGGUUUGUUACUCACAUUCCCAAGAAGAGAGUAAGUCUUGGCAGGAGGCAGGUGGAGGGCUCUGGAACCACUCCUCCACCACCGGCUUUAUCCUCACCAGCUUUCGUAAUGACAGCUGGGUUCACCUGUUUCUCUUCAGCAUCACGGUGGUGGUCUACUUGCUUGCCUCGGCUGGCAACACUGCCAUGGUUCUUCUGAUCUGGGCUGACACCUGGCUCCACAAGCCCAUGUACUUCCUCCUCAGCCAGCCGUCCUUCCUGGACAUCUUCUUCACCUCGGUCACCGUCCCCAAAAUGAUAGUGGGCUUCCUCUUUGGCUGGACAAGCAUCUCAUUUGGGGGAUGUGGGAUGCAAAUGUUUUUCUCCAUGUUCCUGGGAGCCUCGGAGUGCCUCUUGCUGGCCCUCAUGGCCUAUGACGGCUAUGUGGCCAUCAGCAACCCUCUGAGCUACCCAGUGCUCAUGAGCCGCCAGGCCUGCAUGCUCAUGGUGGCCACUUCCUGGCUAGGAGGGUCCCUCAGUGCCACCAUCCAGACCACUCUGACCCUGCAGUUCCUCUACGGUGGCUCACAGAAAAUUGCGCACUUCUUCUGUGAGGUGCCCUCACUGCUGAGGCUGGCCUGUGCCAACACCGUGGCCUACGAGCAGAUGAUCUUUGUGAUGGGUGUGGUGGUCCUCUUGGCACCCAUUGCCUUCAUCACCACCUCUCAUGCCCUCAUCCUGGCAGCUGCGCUCCAGAUGCACUCUGUGGAGGGGCGUUGGAAGGCCUUGGCCACCUGCUCCUUCCAUUUGACAGUUGUCAACCUCUUCUAUGGGUCCCUAGUCUACACCUACAUGUUACCCUCAUCCUACCACUCUCCUGGCCAGGAUGAUGUAGUGUCCAUCUUCUAUACAGUCCUCACACCCGUGCAACCUGUCAUCUACAGCCUCAGGAAAAAGGAAGUGACAGGAGCAAUGAAAAAGGUCAUAGGGAAGUGUGGGCUAGAGGUGCAAGGGCCACCGGAACAAUCAUCCUCGUGGUUCCAGAUGGCCCUGCUGGGUGUUCAAACACCACUGCCAGACCCACUGCCACCGGAGAUUCUCAAGGAGGUCAACAUUUUGGUAGCCUGUACAGGGAUCCAGAGAAGACCCCUGAGAUCUCCAAGGCUGAUGAGCAAACAGGUGCAGUACCUGCAAAAGAGCCCGUUGAGCUUGUUGCUUGUCUCAUUGACCCUGGAGUUUGAGGGCCUUGUUUUAUCUGCUAGUACUCAGUUGGCACUUCAGCUGACACUUCGGAAUCAGGCUGUUCCAUUGGAACUGGCUGCUCAGCCUUUGGUCUGA